UGACAGACAACUCUGAUGAUGUGCGCUAUAAACACGAAACACGUUUAGGCGAACGAUCCAGUUAGAGGAAAUUCGCGCAGCACCCGCAACGGUGUGCAGUUAAUAUUUUGUUAGAUGAUUAUAUUGUCGCGCAUUGAUUCAGUUUGCGUUUCCACAAAAUUCCCCACGUUUUAGAUGCGGGUACACAGCGUGAUAACUGAGCCUUUCAAUCUAAUAGUUAGGUAGAUAUUAUUUAUAAUUUUUUUUUCGCCGGAGUGUUGUUAUUUCGAAAUUUACCGCAUUCCUUUUCUGUCACGGGGCAUACCGUAAGAAGAGUAUCAUUAACGUUUUAAAGUGCAGUUCGUGAAAAGAUAGCUAGUGUAUCUCAUGAUACAACUGCCAGACUUUGAAUAAUCUUAAUAAGUGCCUUCUUGAGUUCCACGAUGGCCAGUAAUAAUCUGGAGCUCACCAAUGGUUCCUUAAGGGUAAGGAACGGAACCCUUACACAAGAUGAAAAGAAGAAAGAAGUUAAAGAAUGCCCUAGUGUGAUGUCUCCUGAGACGAAAAGAUUGCUGCCACCAAAUACUGAAACAGUACAGACAAAACCCUUUCCAAUCAGGGGUGAAAGAUCCAAUUAUGUUAAUAGCCCACAUGUUAUUGCAAUGGUUGGUCUCCCAGCUAGGGGGAAAACUUACAUAUCCAAAAAGUUAUCCAGAUACCUGAACUGGAUAGGGAUCAACACUAGGGUUUUCAAUUUGGGCGAAUACAGAAGACACGCAACAACAGACUACCAGAACCACGAUUUCUUCCGUCCAGAUAACGCAGAAGCCAUGGCUAUAAGGGCGCAAUGCGCCGAAGAAGCUUUGAAAGAUGUGUGCAAUUGGCUGGAAAAUGGGGGUGGUGAAGUUGCUGUUUUCGAUGCAACCAACUCGACCAUCGAAAGGAGAAACAGGAUACACGAUGUUUUCGUCAGUCAGAAGGGCUUUAAGCUGUUUUUCGUCGAAUCUGUGUGCGAUGAUCCGUCCAUCAUUGAACAGACAAUAAGGGAAGUGAAGGUCAGCAGUCCUGACUACAAAAACAUGAACAAGGACGAGGCCCUCAAGGACUUCCUGCAAAGGAUCCGCCAUUACGAGGAGAAAUAUCAGCCCCUCGAUGAAAAAUUGGAAUCGGACAAAUCUUUUAUGAAAAUUUACAAUACCGGAGAAAAGGUGUUGGUUCAUAAGCAUGAAGGACACGUGCAGGCUAGGGUGGUUUACUACUUGAUGAACAUACACAUCACCCCUAGAACGAUUUAUCUCACUAGGCAUGGCGAAAGCAAACAGAAUCUUGAAGGAAGAAUAGGUGGAGACUCAGAUUUGAGCGAGCGAGGACGUGAAUACGCCUUCACCCUAGGUAAAUUCAUCGAGGAACAGAAAAUCGACGGUCUGAGGAUAUGGACGUCUUGGUUGAAGAGGACCAUCCAAACUGUAUCGGAACUGAACAAAGCUCCCCAGGAAAGGUGGAAGGCUCUGAACGAAAUAGACGCUGGCGUUUGCGAAGAAAUGACUUAUUCCGAAAUCAAGGACCAGUACCCCGAAGAAUUUGCUGCUAGGGACCUGAACAAGUUCGCUUAUCGCUAUCCCAGAGGAGAAAGUUACGAGGAUUUGGUGGCUAGGUUGGAACCUGUAAUAAUGGAACUGGAGAGACAGGGCAACGUUCUUGUGGUUUCGCAUCAGGCUGUCAUCAGGUGCCUUCUAGCGUAUUUUUUGAAUAAGACCGCCGUAAACGGCAGAAAUUUUUCAGAGGAGCUCCCCUACCUCAAAGUACCCUUACAUACGAUCAUAAAAUUGACGCCAGUUGCCUAUGGGUGCAGGGUGGAACACGUAAAUUUGAAUAUUGAUGCUGUGGAUACACACAGGCCAAAACCAAAGGUACCUGGCUCCUAAAAUACCGAGUGCCUGAUUUUCGCUUCAAAUACCUGUUUCUAUUAGCCAAUUUUUAGCAAGCUAGUAACAUUUGAUUGUGAAUGUUUCUAUUAACUUCAGCAUUCACAAUCUCCUCGAGAGAAUGUAGUUAAAUUGUAUCAAAUGUCCGAUUUCUCGUAUAGAUUGUGAAUGCAUAAAUGUGUUAUUUUUUAAGUAAAAAAAAUAGUGAAUUUUUGAUAUUCUGCCUGGUUGUAACCAAAUCUUGUUAUAUGUGUUAAGUGAAGAGUACAAAUUUGUAUCAAUUUAAAUGAACUUUUGAAGAUCUUUCGUGGAAGAGUUAUAGUAAAAAUUUUAAGCAUGACUGCGACUUCUAAUUGUAUCAAGAUAGUUUCUCAAUAUUGUAAAUUUUCGAUCGAAAAAAAAUUGUCAGUAUAGAAAACUAAAAGCUCAAAAAGCAUGUUCAUAUUAAAUUCCAUUCAUUAUUGGCAUUAUACAUAUCUGGAAAAUAACCCGUUUUGUUUGGAACUACAUGUAACUUUAACUUUCUUAUUCAUUCUGAUUUGUUUUUACACUCUAGAAUUUUUGCGACUAAAAUACUUCUGGAAAUAUUUUUAUACAAUAUAUUUUUUAAUUUCAA